GGGAACGCGGCCAAUUCGAAACUUCCCCGCCACCCGCGAAUCCCCACGUAUGCGCCCACAAGUCUCGCCGCCCAAGGAAAGCAACCGAGCCAGGAGGCCGACGUCUCUUCUGAAAGCGGGAGGAGACCGGAGACCGCGACGGACCGCACGGGGAAGCGCCAAUGCUUCGACUCGUCGGGAGGCGACGCCGUUUUCCGCCGUAUACCGGCCGGAAACCGCUGCUUCGCUCGUGCUUCACCGAUUCCAGCCGCCCCACCCUCCAGGCCAAGCAGGACUCCAAGACCCUAGCCCCCGCUCGCGUCUCGGAAACCGUCCCUAUCGCUUCCUCUCCGCCUCCUUCUCGCCGGGGCACCUUCUUCCUUCUCGCCGUUGGUUCUGGCGCCCUAGUUUCCACCGCCACCGCGGCAUUUCUCCUCUCAUCUGGCGACACCGAUGGGUCGCUUCAUGAUCGGUCCCAGCGGUUGUAUUCCGACCUCGAGGAGGCGAUUGGUAGGCACAGAGAAUCCCUCCGCCGGGUUUCCUCUGCCACGUCGGCGUUCUAUGAUCGGAUCGUGCAGACAGGUGUUGCCGCUUCCGUCCUGUGGAAGUCCCUCUGCUCUGUCUUGUCUUCGGCAAACCAGGAGGUGCGGUCGGGAUUCGGGUUGAGGGUGGCGGCACUCCUGGCAGACAUAACGGCUGCGAACGAGAGCCGGAGGGCCGCAAUCGUGGGUGCCGGUAGUGGCGCCGUAGUCGAUUGGCUUCUCGAGACGGUGGCUUGUGCGGACGCUGCGUCCAGGGCCACGCAGGCCGAGUCGGCCAGGGCGUUGGCUCACCUAAUCUCGGAUCCUGGCGUCUGUGAGGCGGUGCUCGGGAGGCCUCAGGCGAUUCCGAACCUCCUCCGCUUCAUCUUUUCGGGACAACCUCAGCGUGCAAAGAAGCAGACUAAACGCAUGUCCUUGGACGAUGCUGAAAUCUUGAAAGGAAGGAGCAUGCUUGUUGCUGCUAUCAUGGAUAUAGUUACUUCAAAUUGCAGCGGCACGGAUAAACCACAAUUUAGACCAUGUCUUCCGGCACAUGCUGAUAUGCGAGAUAUUGCUGCUGCCCUGGAGGUGGUUGAGGAAGGUGGGAUGCGGUUGGAUGAACCACAUGAUAGUGAAGAUGAAGAUGGCAAUGAUAAUGGAAUAAAGGGCAUUGGGAUAAAAAUAUUUGGUGGUACUGGCAUCCUUGGGCUGUCGAGAGUGCAUGGUGAUUUAGAUUUCAAGCUUUCUGAUACUGGCCAUUUAGAGAAGUCGGGGAAUUCUCGAUCGAGUACAAUCUUGCAUGAAAAUCGCCAGUUCCAGCCAUCAAGUAAAGGAGAAUCGGGUUCCCUUUCAGUUUCUAAUUCAUCUGAACUAGUUGAUUCAGGAAAAGGAAUCGACUUUCAUGGCCUCUGGGAUGAUUUGCACUGUAGGCAUGUCGCUGUUCCUUUUGCAACAUGGGCAUUAGCGAACUGGGCAUCAGCGUCACAAGUUAAUCGCGGUCAUAUCCAGGAGCUUGACAGAGACGGGCGUGCAAUCAUGACAGCUUUGAUGGCACCAGAAAGGACUGUAAAAUGGCAUGGAAGUCUGGUUGCUCGGAUGAUCUUAGAGGAUAAGGAUUUGGCAGUGACAGGCACUGUUCCUGACUGGAGUUCUUGUCUUCUCUACACUGCUUCUCAAGCUAGCAAGUUGGAGGACAUUCCACUGACUAAUGUGGCACUCUCAGCUUUCUUGGUUUCACUUGAAAGAUGUCAAGCUGCAAGGACAUUAGUAAUGGAAAAGGGCCUUUAUCUAAUGCGAGAAGUUGCUAAGUAUACUAAAAAAAAUGGGCAAGUCCAAGAGUCACUUGCAAAAGCCUUGGAACUUCUCUGUUCUGGGGGCAAAUGUAUAUCUCUUGAGGAGGGCCAAAAAUGGUCUGGCAUUCUUUUGCCAUGGGUUUGUGGUAAGCACAUCUCAGAGUCCACACGACUUUCUGCAAUAAAGGUGCUUGCAUGCAUUCUUGAGGAUUAUGGGCCAGGGUCAAUAUCUAUAUCUCAAGGGUGGUUAGCCAUACUGCUCUCGGAAAUUUUAAUUGUUAGUAAGAGGACUGCUGUCAAAGGAAAUGCUUCCAAAAAAGGUGACAAAGUGAAGACUCAAAUUGAUCAGUCAAAUGUUCAAACAGCCGCUGAGGUUUCCACUAUCUUGGCCAAUGCUGUUAUUAACUUAGCAAUUAGUCAAUCAGAAAGCACAGAUGACUCAUUUGAUGCGUUGCCUCUUGCGAGCCUCCUUUCACUAGAACCCUUUGCUGGUCAGCUCAAAAACAAGAAAGUUGAGAAUUUGCCCAAGUUCGAUGCUGCUGAUUCUGCAAUAGCUACACUGAAGGGUGUUAAGGCAUUGACCGGUUUGUGUUAUGAUGAUUUAUCAUCUCAGAACAUGAUUGUAGAUUCUGGAAUUUUGUGUUUGUUGCGACGUCUCUUGUUAUGUGAUGACUAUGAGCGACUAGCUGCAAAUGAGGCAUAUGAUGCAUCUAGAAUCCGGGAGGCACAGGAACGAGUUCCAAAUCCUGAUGAAUCCCCUAUAUCAGUUGCAAAUGAUUCUUCAAGCAUUCGGGUGCCUCCUACAGCUCAUAUCCGAAGGCAUGCUGCUAGGUUACUUACAAUCCUUUCUCUUCUUCCAAAGGUACAGAAAUUAAUUUUAGCGGACAAGAUUUGGUGCAAGUGGCUUGAUGAUUGUGCCAAUGGGAGGAUUUCUGGCUGCAAUGAUCAAAAAAUUCAAAGUUAUGCUCGAGCAACUCUUCUAAACAUUCUUUGCCCUGGCCAGGCUGGCCCACAUGAUUCCGGUGGGCAGGAUGGUCUUAGCAAAGAGGGAGGGAUCCACAAGAGAAUGUGCCCUCAAUAUGAUGACAUGAUAUUUUUAAUUAAUCCCGAAUUACCACAUUGGAAAUGUUCAGACAUGUUUGGUCAGGGUGGCUCUCACGAGGAUGGACCAGGUGCAAUUGCAACUAAUAGCCAGCAGAGUAUAUCUGUUGCCACCCCUGAAUGUUUCGAUGACAAAAAAAUUGAAAAUCUGGAUUGUAGCACGUCAUGUGGUAGGGUAUCAGAUGAGUGUUCAAAGGAUGUGGUUUCAUCAAUUGAUGUUGUUUUCGUCCAUGGCUUACGUGGAGGACCUUUUAAAACUUGGCGCAUAGCAGAAAAUAAGUCUUCGACAACUAGUAAAUCUGGCCUUGUAGAGAAGAUUGACCAGGAGGCAGGAAAAGAAGGAACGUGUUGGCCACAGGAAUGGCUUGCAACUGAUCUACCUCAUGCUCGCUUAUUUGCCGUGAAGUACAAGACAAAUUUGACCCAGUGGUCUGGAGCUAGUCUUCCUCUCCAGGAAGUUAGUGCAAUUUUGCUGAGGAAAUUGGUUGCUGCUGGAAUUGGAAGUCAUCCAGUCGUCUUUGUGACUCACAGCAUGGGAGGUUUGGUGGUCAAGCAGAUGUUAUAUCAGGCAAAGAAUGAGAAUAUUACUGAGCUUGUUAAGAACACUCGUGGAAUUGUCUUCUACAGCUGUCCGCAUUUUGGCAGCAAGCUUGCAGAUGUUCCCUGCCGUAUGGGCCUUGUGUUUCGACCAGCUCCAUCGAUUGGAGAGCUAAGAAGUGGAUCUCCAAGGCUUGUUGAGCUUAAUGAUUUCAUCCGUCAUCUACAUAACCGAGAAGGACUUGAGGUCCUUAGCUUUAGUGAGACCAAAGUGACUCCCAUAGUUGAAGGUUAUGGUGGAUGGGCCUUCCGGAUGGAAAUUGUGCCAAUAGAGUCAGCAUAUCCUGGCUUUGGUGAACUUGUAGUAUUAGAUGCCACUGAUCACAUCAAUUCUUGCAAACCAGUAAGUCGUUCCGAUCCGUCCUAUAUGGAGACUCUAGAAUUUCUUCUGAAGUUAAAGGAGAAGGUCACGAGUGGAUAAAAGGCGGAAGCAUUGGCGCCAAGCUUGUAUUGUUGUAGUCAUGUUGUGUAUAUGAAAUAUUCAUUCUUUAUUAAUCUAUAUUUAUAGUAUGCGAUGCUGGCAUACAUGUACAUCUGUAUAUAAGCAUUCCUUCAGCAUGUGAAUCUACAUAAUCAAUUCUUUCAA